AUAAUCUGCUGUUGACCCACUAACAGGAGGCGCGUUUCAGCAGACGGAUAUCGGAGUGUGUCAACAAUUACUGUAAUGUGCGAGCACAGAGGCUGAAUUUUCGGAGGAGAUCGUGGUUCACGGUUCCUGUGUGCAGUCUUUUUCUUUAACCGAGCUAAGCUGCGAGAAAUGGCAGAUCACAUCAUGAUGUCGGUGAAUCCCGGGCGAUUUCCCGACGGCACGAACGGACUUCAGAACUAUCGCAUGGGUAUCAACGGACUGCAGAACUCCCAACAUGCGCAGCCCGGGCUGAGGCGAGAUCACCCGGGCGCCCAGCUCCUGCACUACGGCGGGGCCAACGUGGAUGCGAGCGGGGGCAUGAGGUCCCGUCCCGGGCUGGGGAAUAUGACCGGGCAAAUGAACCAUCACCCGAUGUCUAACGUGAUGUACAACGGCCAGCAGCAGCAGCAGCAAUUCCUGGAAAAUCUGAGUCCGCAGCAGUUAAUGGCCACGGUGCAUCUGCAGAAACUGAACAACCAGUACCACGGCCAUCCGCUGAUUGGCGUGAAUAAUGGGAUGGUUCAGAGUAGCCAACAGUUUCGGGGUGCCCUGAACCAGAGUCAGCUGCCCGGCAUCCAACACGCAGCGGCCCCUUCCCUCUCUUUGAACGUUAUGGACACCGAUCUGAUCGACGAGGAGGUGUUGACAUCGCUUGUACUCGAGCUGGGCUUGGAUCGUAUUCAAGAACUGCCCGAGCUCUGGCUGGGACAGAACGAGUUCGAUUUCAUAUCAGAUUUUGUCCAUAAACAGCAGCCGAGUACUGUGAGCUGCUGAGAGAGAGAGGGAGAGAGAGCCUGGCACGCUGGGACGGCAACGAUCGUUUUGGAUCGCCGGUUACAAGCAUCGGAAAUAAUUGCACUGUAAAGGGUCGACGACUCCUUUUUAUUUUGGAGAGUGUUGGGACUUCAGCUGCAAAUGCCCAGCAGCGCUGCUGUUAGAGACAUCUGCCCCUUUGUGUGUGUGAGUGUGAGUGGGUGAGUGUGUGUGUGUGUGUGUUCAUUCAAAAUCCGCACGUUUCACGAAGAAAAAAAAUCUGCAUCAAAAAAAAUUCCCACGAUUGUUUGAAGCGAUUUUAAACUGAUUCAUUAGACCAAAAAAAGGUAUAAUCACGUCGACUCAAUUUAACCCAUCUUAUUCAAUUUAUUUUUUUUAAAUGCUCUGAUUUAGUGGCGCAUGAGUUACCUUUUCCCGGAUAAGACUAUGAGGGGCCUUGUUUCUUUCAGAGUAACAGCCAUCCAGCUCGCAAGGAUAUUGGAGACACCAGUCAUAACUUUCCUCAUUGUUGCGACGUAAAUUGGAAACUCUGACUGCAGCAACAGGGGUAUUCAGUGUAUUGUGUUUUUAAAAAAAAACAAACUUUAAACCAAGUAGUUGCAGAUUGGCACCUCCGGAGCUGUUAAUGACUGAUACAGUCGUGUAUAAUUUUAACUAUUA